CAAGGGUCUCGAAGCUUUCAACCGUCGGUUUUGCCGGACAACGACAGACGUCAAAGCCAACCUUGCGGACCUCUCGACCUUGGGUCCUUUGCUAUACAGCCGCGGAUGGGGCGGUCGAGGCGAUGGCACGAUUCGUUCUAGACAUCACGAUGCAGUCUCUCUUUGCUUUCCUUCUCUUCCCCCUCCUCGCCGCCGCCCAAUACCACGAGCAGCUAGUACUUCGACCACUACCCCUAUCCGCACUACUCGCCAGUUUCAACUUUCGCGCCAACACGACCAUCGCAGACUUUGAAGCGCACAACUACCGACUUUUUCCGCGCUCCCUUGCGCAGAUUUUACAACAUGCCGGCACCCGCGAGCUGCAUUUGAGGUUCGGGCUUGGACGAUGGGAUGCUGAGAGUUGGGGCGCCAGGCCUUGGGAUGGAACUCGGGAGGGCGGCACUGGUGUUGAACUGUGGGCUUGGCUUGAUGCAAGCACAGAUGAGGAAGCCGAUCGCAAAUGGUUGACGUUGACAAAUGCCUUGUCUGGUCUCUUUUGCGCCUCUCUCAACUUUAUCGACGGCACACGAACUACCCGGCCUGUCAUGUCUUUCCAGCCCGAGGGUGACCACCCCAACGUCACGGCUGCCAACAUGCAUCUACUCUAUGGCACUCUUCCCCGCGAAGUAGUUUGCACCGAGAACCUUACCCCCUUCUUGAAGCUGCUACCAUGCAAGGGCAAGGCUGGCAUCGCUUCCCUGCUCGACGGCCACAAGCUCUUUGAUGCCUCUUGGCAGAGCAUGGCGAUUGACGUCAGGCCCGUCUGUAGUGAGGAUGGCGGCUGCGUUUUGGAGAUUGAGCAGACCAUUGACAUGGUCUUGGACCUGGACAGGGCGAAGCGACCCCGUGACAACCCUAUCCCUCGCCCUCCCCCCAGCGAGGAGCUCAAAUGCGACACCACCAAGGAGUACCACAAUGAACACACCUGCUUCCCCGCAGACUACACCGCCCACCAGGAUUGGACAUUGUCAAAAGUGUUCGGGCGGUCGAUGCAGGGUUCAUGCCCGCUGGCUAACAGCGACGUACCCCCAGUAUGCAUGCAAAUCCCCGAAAGCCGCAGUGUGUACACUUCGGAAGGGGUGCACGAGAUAAAGAACCCCGACGGGCGGUCGCGAUGCUUCAAGGUCGAUGACGGCGCUCUCGUCGAGCUUGUGCUUGCCGAGCCGAGCCAGGAAUCUUCCGCCCAUCCGGAAUCGCCGGGAGCUGAUUUCGAAUCCAGGGGUUUGCUGAAGCCUGAGGUUCCAGCUCUGUAUGCCGAGCGCAGCUUGACCGGCCAUGGCGCCGAACGCGGCGGCGUACAGACCAUUUUCACAAACCCGAGCCCAGACAAGGAGAUUGAGUUUGUGUACAUGGAGAGCCUGCCUUGGUUCAUGCGCAUCUACCUACACACCCUGACUGCCCGCGUUGCAGAUUCGGAGAUUGAUUCAAGGGGAUCUACGGUCUCGGCUGGCCAGGCCCAAGCCAAAGGAGAUAAAAAGGUGAUACAGGAGAUUUACUAUCGACCGGCACUUGAUCGCGCACGUGGGUCGCAGGUCGAGGUGCGCAUGCGCGUCCCGCCAGCCUCGACAGUCUUUCUCACGUACGACUUUGAGAAGUCCAUUUUGAGGUACACAGAGUACCCGCCCGACGCCAACAGGGGUUUCGACGUGGCAUCGGCCGUCGUAACCAUCCUAAACAGCAACCAAUCCUCUUCCACGUCUUCGAGAAACGCCAACCUCAGGACUGCGUCGGUUCUUCUCAGCCUACCAACACCCGACUUUAGCAUGCCGUACAAUGUCAUUAUUUUAUCCAGCACUGCAAUCGCUUUAGGGUUCGGAGGACUGUUCAACAUCUUGGUUAGGAGGUUUGUCGGGGCAGACGAAGGUCCUCGGCCGGGUUUGGCGAAUGGGCUGGCAAGGUUGAAGCAAAAGAUCAAGGGCAAGUUUGGGGCAAAUAAAACACCCGGCAAGGACGACGCCCCCACUCUGGCUUCCGCAGGCGACCAGGGUGCUGAUGGUAGUAAACAACAGGCGUUGACAUGAUCGUUUGCAGCAUUUAGAACUGAUUCUACGUAGUUAAGUUAAAAAUAAUGAGAAAACUGGCUUUGGUCAGAGCUUUUCGAUGGACUGACAA